AGUAAGGUUCUGUCUCUCCACUUGUGCUUUGCUUGCUUUGUUUCUUACUCUUCAACUUUAAGGCAAUUACCAAAGUGAUUGUAUUUAAGCAGAAAUGAGGUGAAUGGUAGAGAGAGAGAGAGAGGAUAAGAAGAAGAAUGUAUAACAGUAAUAAUAAUAACAAGAACAGGCAGCAGCCACGGCGGAGGUUCUGGCUGGGGAACUUGGCAAGGCUUGUCCACUCACGCCAAAGUCUAAAUCCUCCUCCUAAACCUCUAGGCCAGCCAGAGGCUAAGCCACUUGCUCCGAUUCCCCCGCCAGUGCCUUCAACCACUUCACUACAUCACGUUGAAGCAAUCCAGUCUAAGCCAUUUCCAUCAUCUAAACCCGCUGAAGACACCAACUCUAAGCCACUUCCAUUACCGCCGCCGCCAAAACCUAUUGAGGAACCGCCAGUUCCACCACUGGCGUCUAAGACACUUCCAUUACCGUCGCCGCCAAAACCUAUUGAAGAACAGCCAGUUCCACCACUGGCAUCUAAGCCACUGCCUCGACCUCCACCACCGGUGCCUUCAAUCAUGUCACCAGAUCACGUUGAAGCGAUCCAGUCUAAGCCACUUCCGCCACUGCCAAAACCUAUUGAGGAACCGCUAGUUCCACCACUGGUGUCUAAGCCACUUCCAUUACCGCCGCCGCAAAAACCUAUUGAGGAACCGUCGAUUCCACCACUGGCGCCUUCACCAACAUUACCUCCUCCUAAACCUCUAGGCCAACCGGAGUCUAAGCGACUGCCUCGACCUCCACCACCGAUGCCUUCAACCACGUCACCAGAUCACAUUGAAGCAAUCCAGUCUAAGCCACUUACCUUAUCUAAACCCGUUGAAGACACCAACUCUGAGCCACUUCCAUUAAAACCUAUUGAGGAACCGCCAGUGGCGCCUUCACCAACGUCACCAAAACCCAACGAAGGCGCCAAGUCUAAGCCACUUCCAUUGCUGCUGACAGCAAAACCACCUAUUCAGGAGCCUUCUACCACGUCAUCAAAACCAGUUGAAGGCACUGAGUUAAAGCCACCACCAUCACCUCCUCCAAUUCAGUCACCAAAACCAGUUGAAGGCACCGAGUCUCGACCACCUCCUUCGCCUAAACCUAUCGAACAGCCAAAGUCUGAGCCAAAACCCGUCGACCAUCCACCACCUGAGCCUCAACCCCUUCAACAGACUGUUGUAGCUCCACCUGCUGAAGAAGCAAGUUCUAAACCACCUCCAUUGCCACCAAAACCAAUCCAUGAACCACCGGAAUCUUUUGAACCACCCUCCUUACCAACGCCCUCUUCACCAAAAUCCGGUGAAGAGCCUCCUCAGCCAAAGCCUAUUCCACCGCCAGAAUUUCUUAAAGAAGCACUUCCAUCGCCAGAUUCCGUUGAAAAACCCCCUUCCCCAUCUCCAUCACCACCACAACCACCGCCAAAACCAUCGCCAUCUCCACCGUCGUUGCAGCAAUCUGGUGAACAAAUCCAAUCUCCUCCGCCGCCACCGUCACCAUUGGCGAAGCAAAAACCGGGUGAGCAACCUCUGUCUCUAGACUCCCUACCACCUCAACCCCAACCUAAAUCAUCAGUAUCUCCAUCAUUGUUGCCAAAAUCUGGUGAACAACCUCGAUCUUGGCCUCCAUCACCAUUGCCAUCGCCGUCGCUGCCGCUGGAAUCUGAGAAAGAUUCUGGGUCUUCAUCAUCAAUGGCCAAACCACCGCCACCUUCCCCGAAUCCAGUUCCCAAGUCUGGGGAGAAACAUCAGAUUCAGUCACCAUCUCCGCAACCAAAAUCACCACCGGCGCCGAGAGCCGGUGAGGAAAUCCGGUCUGAACAGAUUCAAACACCACCGUCGACCGCCGCGUCACCACCGAAAACCCAUCUCGGCCUAUCAACUAAACUAUCACAUGGGCCGACCUCUAAUCAAUCUCCCAAACCCAGAAACCCCACAAUUUUCACUUCACAAGCUGCUCAAGGGAGUACCCAAGAUGGAGACAAAGAUCAAAAGCCCAAACUUGAGAAACGUCAUGAAGAUUCCGAGAAACUCGGAGCUAGUCCCUCGACGGACACGAGCGAGAACAACGAGGGCAAAUCAGAGAUGAUUGGAAGAGCUUCCAGUAAGAAGAAGAGAGAGAAAGACGAGGAGACUGUGUCGGAAGACGAAGGUGUUCCUCUGAUCAUGUUCAUUAACAGCAAUGUCCAAGGAAUCAACACUUCUCUCUCCCUCCAAUCUUAUACCACCGAUCAUAAACCGGGUGUCCACUUGGUCAUCGAUUGAUGCAUUUGGAAAAAGCAGCCGCCGCCAUAAACAGCCGGUGGAGAAAAUCUCCGGCGGCUGAACAAUCGUCAACCCAUUAUUCUCU